UAUAUCUGUCUCGUUGUUCUGACUGUCUGUACUCAGCAGCUGGUGAAGUUAAGUGAAAGCUAAAAGAUGGAGGACAACAUAGACGUGGAAGCUGGAGAAAAUCCAUUUCAACCUUAUUUAGACGCUCUACGGAAGGAGUUAGAACACCAAGAUCCCAUAUUUAUUAUCGGAAUUAUAAUUUCUUUGGCUGUUGUUGUCAUCAGUUUUGUGUUGUUGAAGUACUUCCUGAGAAGCAAAACUGUCCAAAGUGCUGUGCUGCUGGUUGGUCUCUGCGAUUCUGGAAAGACCCUCCUCUUUAGUCGAUUGUUGUCAGGAAGGUUCAAGAAGACCCAGACCUCCAUCACAGACAACAGUGCCCCCUACAAAGCCAAGAACGAGAAGGGCAGCAGCUGGACCCUGAUCGACCUCCCUGGACAUGACAGUCUUCGUCCGCAGUAUGUGGAGAAGUUCAAGUCAGCAGCCAGGGCCAUAGUCUUUGUGGUGGACAGUGCCAUCUUCCAGAAGGAAGUGAGAGACGUGGCUGAGUUCCUGUACUUCCUGUUGACUGACAGUGCAGUGUCCAGGAAUGUCCCCUCUCUGAUAGUGGCCUGCAACAAGCAAGAUAUCACCAUGGCAAAAUCUGCUAAGCUGAUUCAGCAGCAGCUGGAGAAAGAGAUGAACACAUUGAGAGUGACACGGUCUGCGGCUCUGGGCACCCAGGACGGGUCAGCAGGGUCCAGCGUGCACCUGGGGAAGAAGGGCAAGGACUUCGAGUUCAGCCAGCUGCCCAUGAAGGUGGAGUUCCUGGAGUGCAGUGCCCGCGGCAGCAAAGGGGAGAACGGGCAGGCAGACAUCGGCAGCCUCGAGAAGAGCCUGGCCAACCUGUGAGAUGGCUGGGUCUUGUUAUUGACCAUCUGGUUCCCAUAUAGGUCACUACUUUGGCCAAGAGCCCUUUGCUCUUAGGUGUGUUAUUGUGAAUGGGCUUUCUUAGGAUAUUUUCCUGAGGACUCUCAGCAUAUCAGGUGUGUCUCAACAGUCUCUCAAGACUCCAGACUCGAAUCACUAUACUAUGAUGAAGUGAAUAACUUAUUGUGCUGACAUCACAAGGUCAUGUAAUGUAGUGAAUGCCAAUUUCCCCCAAAAAUGUCUGAUAAUGAAAAUAAAGUGUUUGCUUUUCUCCA